CAGAAAGUUCAGCAUGCAGGAAGUUUGGGGGCAGCUCGGAGAGUAACUGGGCAGCUGUGGCUGCUGUCUGGGGUGGUGGUUUUUUUGUUUUGAGGGGGUUUUGUGCAUUGGUGGGGGUUUUUUCUUUUUUUUGUUUUUUUCUUUUUUUGUGUGUGUGUUGUUUUUUUUUUUUCCCCCUGCAUACAACUCCCCCAACACACAAGCAACACGCUACAAGAGCAACCAAAAAGUUCGGGAAGGAGGAGGGAACCCGAGAGAGGGAAGAACCCUUGAUGAGGAGACCGGGUUUCUUUGCAGAGACACGGUCCGGUUCCCAGCGGAUCCAAAUGCAACUACUCAUCCUCCUCCUCCUCUACGCUGUCGUCUGUGCAAACUUUUGCAGCCGUCAGGGCACCACAGCCCCUGCCCAGGGCGGAUCUAUAAAAGCUUUGCGGUCCUCGAAUAUCAGGCGAGAUGAGAGCAAUCACCUCACAGACUUGUACCGGAAAGAAGAGACCAUCAGCGUGGCAGGGAACGGCUGCAUCCACAGCCCACGCUUCCCCAGCAGUUACCCCAGGAACCUCCUGCUGACAUGGAGACUCCACUCCCCAGAGAACACCAGGAUCCAGCUGGCUUUUGACAAUCAGUUUGGCCUGGAGGAGCCUGAAAAUGAUAUCUGCAGGUAUGACUUUGUGGAAGUGGAAGAUCUAUCAGAGACCAGCACAGUUAUACGAGGACGGUGGUGUGGACACAAGGAAGUACCCCCAAGAAUAACAUCAAGAACAAAUCAAAUAAAGAUAACCUUCAAAUCCGAUGACUACUUUGUGGCUAAACCUGGAUUCAAGAUUUGUUACUCUCUUGUGGAUGAUUUCCAGCAUGCAGCCUCAGAAACCAACUGGGAGUCAGUCACAAGCUCUAUCUCAGGGGUAUCCUAUCCCUCUCCAUCAGUGACUGACCCUACACUUACGGCGGAAGCGCUGGAUCAGACGAUUGCUGCAUUUGACACCGUGGAGGAUCUGCUCAAACACUUUAACCCGGACUCCUGGCAAGAAGAUCUUGAGAAUUUGUACACAGACAGUGGCCACCAUUAUCGAGGCAGGAGCUACCAUGACAGAAAGUCUAAAGUUGACCUGGACAGGUUGAAUGACGAUGUGAAACGUUACAGCUGCACUCCAAGAAACUAUUCUGUCAACCUAAGAGAGGAACUGAGGCUGACAAAUGUGGUUUUCUUCCCCCGCUGCCUCCUUGUCCAGCGCUGUGGGGGAAACUGUGGCUGUGGGACUUCAAACUGGAAAUCCUGCACAUGCAUGUCAGGGAAAACAGUGAAAAAGUAUCAUGAGGUGCUGAAAUUCAUCCCUGAGGCUGGGCAUCCCAGGAGAAAAGGAAGAACCAGGAACAACAUGGCCUUAAUAGAUAUACAGCUGGAUCACCAUGAGCGUUGUGAUUGUGUCUGCAGUUCAAGACCACCCCGAUAAAAAAGAGAUGGAAAAAAAGAAAGAAGAAAUAAAGAAACAGAGAAAGGGAAGAAAAGAAAAUUUAAAAAAAUCAAGAUCCACUGAUUUCAGCUUACUGGGUGUUUACUCUUAAGCAGAAUUUUUCUGAGGACCUUUACUUAUUAAUAAUUUGAAUUUUGCUACUAGCCUGCCUUUGCAAUAAGCAAAAAUGUUUGCUCAGCAUAGCUAUGCUGAUUAGUGCCAUGGCAGCUAAACAGGUAUAUCGCAGUUUUAUGUAUCAGCAUCCAAGAAUAUGGGAUUAUGGUUAUCUUUAGCUAGAUCCUGAGGACUGAGAUUUUUCAGAGCUCACUUAGAGUGAGCUUUGGGCACAGUGCCCACUGCAGUGUAACAGCAGUUGUGUAGGUAUUUUUCAUAGCUGGCAAUCAAAUAGUGUUGUGUUUCUCACUCACCAGUUCCUGUACCUAAGUUCUGCUGCCAUUUCUACGUUUUCAGCCCUCCUAACAGUCAGUAGGGUUCAGUGGGUAUAAAUGAAGAAAGAAUUUGAGCCUAUAUGAGUGUAAAAUGGUUUGUCCUGCUCUGAGAGGGAACUUCCCAGCAUUCCAUGUCAACAGAGUGAGAUACAAGGAGAAAAACCCAUCACUACCUGAAAUAACUCAUUAGUAAAGUAAAAUAUUAUUGAUUUUUCUUGAGCAAAUUGAAUGCUAAAAUGAGUAGAUGUGUUGCAUAAACUGGGACACCGGUGAUGGUCAAGGAGUGUGGGAGCUUAAACUUUUGCCAUGGUUACUCCACAGGAGCCAUCUCCAGGCACUUUUGGAAGAGGGGGCUCCUGCCAGCUCCCCAGACAAAUCCCUGUUGGUUGGGGCUGAUUCUGGUCUCUAAUUACCUAGACUGGCCUCCUGCCCCUUGCCCAGAGCUCCCCACAGUUGCCCAGGAGGAGCUUCCUCUGCAUGAACAGGGAGAGACAGCAUCCCCCUUGGUAUCCUUGCUGCUGUUUGGGGAGUGUCAGGUUCCCUGUGCAGGCAAUGAAGAUAAGGCACUUGUUUGUUGAAAAUAUUGAUUUGUUUUACAGUUUCAUUACUGAGAAACAAAAAUGUGCUUGAGAUUUAAUUAUCACUAUUUGGUUUUGGGCUUGGUGGGUUUUUUGUUUUAAAUAUGGAUUAUUAUAACUUUGUCAUAUAUGCAUUAAUCUUAGUUAUCUGAGGUUAGUUGUCUCAUUUCAGCUCUGUAUUACCAUGGUUAAGCUGUUGACAGUGAAUUUCAUUUGACUGUGUUUUGCUGAAGCAUAUUAACCCAUUAAGCAAUGUCUGUGUGUCAUGGAAAAUGUGCAUCAUUUAUUAACUUCAGAAAAAUAUCAUUGAACAACACCAAGCACUUUA